CAGAACAAAAACUGUAAAAUAUAAUUUGUUUAAAAAAAAUUGUUUUGCGGUAGUGUUUACGUGUUUUAUCAGGAAGGAAGUACAUAUUAACCUGCGUUAUACAUAAAGAAAAACUUUUCUAAAAUGAAUCCAGAUUACAUGGACAGUGGAAAGGUCCUCAAAGAAAAUGACAAUGCCUUAAAGGGUACAAAUGAAUCGCCCAAAGUUACUUUACCACUUCCUCAUGUUGCCACACUAAGUGAAGAUGACUUCUUAGCUCGUGUGAAUAUGAACGAUAAGAUAAACAGUAUUUUACGUUCUCCAUCAAAAACCCCAAAAAGCGUACGCCAACGUUCAGUGUAUACUGGAAUUAAUACAUCUUCCCGUCUCAACACAUCUGCAACGUAUGUGGCUCAUUCGCGAACAUCGGCAUCUGCAUCAACGCCUACAUCUGCUCCUGCUAUAUCUUCUUUUGUACCAACAUCAUCAACUCGUGCAUCAGUUAUCAAUAAUAGUUUUGUAACCUCAAAGGAAGCUAUUUCAGCUUCGCGACAUCAAUCCCACAAUCCGUCUCACGUCAACACCUUGUCAUCGCUUUAUCAUUACGGAAAUUCAAACUAUGAAAAUUCAGGUGUACGUCCUGCUCGGCAUCUAAUGGCACCUCCACCAUCACCUAUUUAUAACUACGAUAAUGAUAUGGUCCGAAUGCCUCCAAUAGUAUCACCAGGAAUCAAUUCUCAACAAUUUCCUCAGCCAAUGCCACCACCGCCAUUUAUAAUGGGUCGUUCCAGUACCCAUCGCAUUGAGUAUGAAAACUUAGCUCCAGCACCAUGUCCAGGUGCCGGGCCAAUUGCUAUGUCAAAUGGUACCAUACAACUCCGCUUACGAGAAGGCAUCCGCAUUGAUAUGACCUUGGAUCGAGCUGUACGGGUACUAAACCAGCGCAGUAUGGUGGCUAUCGCUUUAUCUCGCAACUGCACUAACUCUGCUUUAAUUCAUCCCAAUGGGCGAGUGUUGCAAAGUGGUUCUAAAGUAGAAAUUGUCACCUAUGAUGGCACUAAAUCUAACAACUAUGUGCGUUAUGCAAAGAUGUGGUAUAAAGGUGUUAGUUUCACAAGUGACUCAUGUGCCCUAAUUUAUCUGGUUGAUACUGCUGGAACACGCACCACUACUGAUACAUUUACUGAUCUGACAAAGGAUUAUACUCUGACCGUGUUUUAUGAUGAUUCCCGCCAUGGGCCAACAUAUGUGCACGAUGCAAAUGAUGUCAUUCAAAAUUCCACUUACACGUGUACAGAUGAAGGAACUGAGGUUUAUGAUAUCAACGGUUUUCGUAUUACUCAAGCAGCUGAUGGACUAGUAAAGUUAACACGUACGCAUAAUAAAUGUUUGAUUCGCACGAGCCCAGGAAACGGUUCAGCCACCCUAACAACACCCGGCAUUCAUUGCACAGCAUCUUUAGGAAAAACAUCUCAUCUUUUUGUUCGUCGCAAUGAAAAACGCAUGCAUUUUGAUGGUUCUUGCUUUAUCGUACGCAAUGCUGGACACUCGGCGGGUUUCAAUGAGAGUAACCUGCUCAUUGUUUACUAGCCCGCAAAUUUCUGAAACCAGAAACCGCAAGGCAGUUUUUCUAAUAGCAAAAAAAUUCCCAAAAUUUAGUUUCAAAUUGCGAACAUGAAACAAAUUUUAAGCGAAAAAUUUGUUUUGAUCGGUUUCACAUUUUUUCACCAAUUUUUUAAAUUUAAGUUUUUAACUUUAAAAUAUGUUACCAAGUUUAUAUAUCCAGCUAUAAUCAAAUGAUUAAUUUAGGUUUUCCAAAAUUUUUGUUUUGAUAAAAUUUUGGAACUGUAGAUAUUAAGAUUCACUAAAUAUGUAAAAUAUGGAAUAUAAAAUCAUUGUUUCGAAAAUAUAUUCUCAAUAUUAUUAUUCGAUUUACAUUUUGCGAUUUUGUCACUUAAAUUAAAAUUUUUUAACCGUGGCUUGUAUAAAUUAUCCUGAACCUAUUAUAGCUGGAAAUAAAAUGAAAUUACAGUUGUACUUUAUCUAAGUAUUAGCUAAUAAGAUUUUAGGUGAAAUUGUUAUUUAACCGAAAUACUUAACAAAAUUAUCAAUAAUAAAUUAACC